AUGACGAUGAUAAGAAGUCUAAUAAGAUUUGGUAAAAGACAGCUUCACACUAUUGUCUCUACAGAAAUCAUCAAACCUUCUUUUCCGACCCCUUCUCACCUCAAAACUUACAAUCUUUCGCCUGCUGACCGAUUCGUUCCAAGUGCAUUUAUCCCUCUGAUUACAUUCUACCCGAAGAUCGACACUUAUCAUAGCCCCCUUGAUCAAAUUAUCUCCCUCAAGAACUCGUUAUCUCAAACACUAACAAAAUAUUACCCCUUUGCUGGUAGGCAUGCCAGAAUCGCACCAACCUAUGUGGAUUGCAACGAUCAUGGAGCUGAGUUUGUGGAAGCAUAUGUUGACAGUACACUCUCACACUUCCUCCAAAACUCACAGCAUGAAGAUCUUGAUCAAUUCUUUCCAUAUGGUCGGGUAUGGAGAUACUCAAAUCCUGGAGCUCAUGAUAUUCAAACCGACACUGUGAUACCACUAGUGGUUAAAGUCAAUCAUUUUGAAUGUGGAGGAGUAGCAGUGGCAGUGUCAUUAUCCCACAAGAUCGCAGAUGCGUGUAGUAUGAUCCAUUUUUUAAAAGAUUGGGCUAAGCUUACACGCGUUUGUUCAAAAAAUGAGAAAUAUGAAGACGUUCCAAUUGAGCCGCCACACUUCAUUUCUUUUGAAAACACAAACAUUAAAGUACCCGAAUUUUCUCUUGGGGUAUCAAAAGAUUGUGUUACAAGGAGUUUCAUAUUCCCCAACGCGAAGUUAAACGAGCUUAAACACAAAGUCACAACCAUGACCGCGAGAUCUGAACAACACAUCACCAAUCCAACUCGUGUUGAAGUUUUAACAUGGUUAGUAUAUAAAUGUGCAGUGGCUGCAGCUACCAAAAAUAAUUCAGGCUCUUUUAAGCCCUCAAGCAUUGGCUUUACGACUAAUAUAAGAGAGAAACUAAUGGAGCCAUUGCCUGAUAAUUGCAUAGGAAACUAUCUCAUGGGGCUGGUGUUUCAAACCAAGAACGAAAUGGAUCUGAAACCGGAGUUGUUAAUUGGUGAACUGAGGAAGCAAAAGAUGGGAAUCAAGCGUCUGAAAAAUGUUGAAGCUUUUCUUAGUCUUUUUUUGAAUUUUAAUUUAGGAGAGGGUGAAAGAAAAAAUGAGAACGCUUACAUUUGUUCGAGCAUAUGUGGGUAUCCUGCAUAUGCGAUCGAUUUUGGAUGGGGAGCUCCAAUAAAAGCAACUAUUCCUGGAAGGCUAUGGAGUAAUAGCUUUGUUAUGAUGGAUGCCCCAAACAACGAGGGUGUUGAAGUACUCGUGUCGUUGGAAAAACAGGAGAUGGAUAUUAUUCAAAGGGACCCCGAGCUACUUGCCUUCUGCUAA